UGCAAACUUCUUAAACUAUCUAGAGCUAGAGCGAUCAUCCAAAUGCGUUUACACCUCUAAUCGCCCCUUCUCCCAUGGGCCAUGGCAUCUCAGUCUCUUCGUCGAAAACCCUCCUUCCCUCCAUCUUCAUCGUCCUCUUCAUCACCUUCUUUUCCAUGGAUUUCCCCUCUACAAUAUCUUAAGCCCACAUCCCAACCUCGAACUCCUCCGCCGCAGGCGAAAUCUGCAGACUCACCCGCCGGAGUCCGCCGCUCUCGCUUCAUUUCACACGCCGACGCUGUCCGCCUCAUCAUCCAGAAACCCGAUCCCCAGCAAUCCCUGGAUCUCUUCAACUUCAUCGCUACCCAGCCAGGCUUCUCCCACAACCACUCCACUUACGCCGCCCUCCUCCUCCGUCUCGCUCGCGCUCGCCUCUUCCCUGCCGUCGACGCCGUCCUCCGUCGCGCUGCCUCCGAACCCUGCCGCUUUCACGAAUCCCUCCUUAUCUCUCUCAUGUCCCAGUUCUCCCGCUCCUUCCUCCACGAAAAAGUCCUUGAAGCCUUCCUCCUCAUUCUACCCAUUACUCGCUCGAAGCCUUCCAAUAAAGCCCUCAGCACCUGCCUCAACCUCCUGGUUGAAGCAGGCCGCAUUGAUCUCGUGCAAAAGCUCCUCUCUGAUGUGAAAACCAAGUUAAACCUCGAACCCAAUACUUGCACGCUUAACAUCCUCGUCAAGCUACACUGCCGGUCCAGUGACCUCGCCUCCGCCUUCCAUCUACUCGAAGAAAUGCGUCAGUCAAAGUCCUCUACCCCCAAUCUGAUAACUUACUCAACGCUGAUCGGUGCGUUAUGCUCUGAAGGCCGUCUCAAGGAUGCCUUCCAACUGUUCGAGGAAAUGAUCGAGAGAGGCCGCAUCGUGCCCGAUCCACUUACGUAUAAUUUGUUGAUCGAUGGGUUUUGUCGGCACGACAGUGUGGAGAAGGCGAAGACGAUAUUGGUUUUCAUGAGGAACAACGGGUGCGAGCCAAACAAGUUCAAUUACUCCACGCUGAUGAAUGGCUUUUGCAGGGAAGGGAAGCUGGAGGAGGUGAAACAGUUGUUUAAUGAGAUGCAGAGUGCUGGGCAGGAGACUGAUGCUGUGUGCUACACAACGUUGAUAAACUGCCUUUGUAAAGCAGGGGAAUUUGAUGAGGGGAUUGAAUUGGUCACUGAGAUGAGAGAUAGCGGAUGCAAAGCUGAUGUAGUUACAUACAAUGUGUUGAUUGAAGGAUUGUGCAGGGGAGGGAGGGUUGGAGAGGCCAUGGUCAUGCUUGAGAGAUUGCCUCGUGAAGGUGUUAGGUUAAAUGUUGCGAGCUAUAGGAUUGUAAUGAAUUGUAUACUUGGGAAUGGUGAUGUUGAUAGAGCGGUUGGGUUGCUUGGUUUGAUGCUUGUAAGAGGGGUUCUGCCUCAUUAUGCGGCUUCAAAUAAGUUGUUAUUGUUGCUCUGUGAGGUUGAAAGGCUGGUAGAUGCCACAGUUGCUUUGUUUGGUUUAGCAGAGAUGGGGUUCUUGCCUGAGAUUGGGACUUGGUUGGCACUAGCUGGGGUAGCAUGCAGAGAGAGGAAAAUUAAGAGGGUAAUUGAAUUGAUUGAUGAUUUGGUUGGUGGAGCUGAAUCUGAUUGAGAUGCAAGCUUUAUAGGAUUUUUUAUUUUAUUUUAUUUGAAUGGGAAGAAAUGUUGAAUAAGCAGUCAGCAUCUCUUGCUUGUAGAAUGUGAGAAGCUCCAUUGAUGGUCAGAUUCUGCAGAAUGUUAUUUAAGUGUGCUUCUCUGAAUCACCAUUGAUGAUGCUGUGAUAUGACGGGAACAGGAGAAUAGCUAAUUAGAACAACAGAGAGGUAAUUGGGCUAAAUUCGGCUUGGACAAAUGCAUCGCAGAUGGCGGCCUAAUGGCAUAUUUGCAAGUUUUCUUUAGUGACCUGAUUGACCAAGCAGAAUUAUGGAAAACAUGGCCCCCCUUUGGAAGACAUGAUGCAAAACAAAAUCUCUGUUUUAGCAUUCAUAUCAGGAUAAUCAACUCCAUUCAAGCAUCAGAUACACCGUUUUAACAAGAAGACACUUUCAAAGAAAUGUAAUGUUGGUCGGAUUACUCGACACUGUGAUGGCCGGGGGGUCUAUUUUAUUCCUCUAAACUAUCAUAUAGUUCUCAGUUACUGUUUUCAGUUCUGAUGGUUGAAUGGCAGAGUGGAGAACACAUGAGUCAUAGAAGGAAAGCAAAAAUGAGGAAGCACGGGGUGAUUUGAAGAAACGGUUUGUUGCAGCUGUUACUUCGGUGCAUUUUAUGGUAUGUCCUUUAGGGAAUAUAAAGCUUGAUUGGGAUGUUUUGAAAAUGGUGAAUAAUCAUUCAUUUAACAUGCUAAAUUAUGCUAAUUUACUUGUUGAUGAUG